AUGGAGCCGCCGUGGGAGGUGGAACUGGAACUGCGGCGGCACAUCGAGUCCUGCGCCUGCACGUGCGACCACAUGGGCUACGGGAACUACAUGGACUACCAGGUGCCGCCGGCGGCACACGCCUGCCUGUGCCGCGCGAUCACCUCGCCGCACGCCCACGUACGUGUGUUGAAUGCCUGCCCGCUAGCCGCUGCUCCGAGCCCCGGCCCGCAUGAUCCCCGGCGGUCCGCUAGGGACCGCUUCCACGUUGAUUUUGCCGCGGUACCGGAAGGCAUGACGUUCCCGGGCCCCCUGCCGGACGUGGCCGAGCGGUGCGGGCGCUGGGCGCCGGACUCUCUCUCGGCGUCGGCGUCGGGCAGCUCUGACGAGAAGCCGACGCCGCGCCGCCCACGCUGGCGCAUCGCGCUCGCGGCGCUCGUCGUGCUGGCCGCGCUCGGCGCCGCGCUCGCGCUGCCCCUGGCCCUCGGCGGCGGCGGCCGCGCCACCCCAGAGCAGCGGCUCACCACCAUACGCCGCAUGCUACGCGACUCGCCACUCGUCGAUGGACACAACGACUUGGCGUGGAACGUCAGAAAAUUUCUACAUAAUAAGAUUAGCGAAUUCAAUCUGAGCGCCGGCCUCGAAGGACUUGAGCCUUGGGCGAGGUCGCGCUGGUCGCAUACGGAUAUCCCGCGGCUGAGGCUCGGUCAGGUCGGUGCUCAGUUUUGGUCAGCGUAUGUUCCGUGCGGCGCGAGAGACAGGGACGCCGUGCAGUUGGCUCUCGAACAGAUGGACGUUAUAAAACGUAUAGUGGAAAUGAAUGCAGCCCAUUUAGCGUUGGUCACAGACGCCGCCGAGCUGCUGGACGCUCAUCGCGACGGUCGUAUAGCUUCCCUCAUAGGCGUGGAGGGUGGUCAUGCGCUGGGCGAUUCUUUAGCAGUGUUACGCGCUUUUUAUCAACUAGGAGCGCGCUAUCUCACCGUCACCCACACAUGUGACAAUCGGUGGGCUCGAGCAGCUGGCACUGCUGGUGGUUUAACAGAAUUCGGUCGCGCCGUCGUACGGGAGAUGAAUCGUCUGGGCAUGAUAGUAGACCUUUCGCAUGCAGGGGAGGAAACGGCGCGAGACGCAAUAGAAACUUCACAAGCGCCGGUGGUCUUCUCUCAUUCUGGAGCGGCGGCACUCUGCAAUUCAACUCGAAACGUUCCAGAUGAGCUGCUGCGUCUGAUCGCCGCUAACGGGGGCGUUGUAAUGAUAAAUUUUUACGCAAAGUUAGUGACGUGCGGUGAGCGAGCAACAGUGGAGGACGUGGUCGCACACAUAAAUCACGUGCGGAGAGUGGCCGGCGUAGAGCAUGUGGGGCUGGGCGCGGGCUACGACGGCAUCGACGCGCCGCCCGAGGGGCUGGAGGACGUGUCGCGCUACCCGCACCUGCUGGCGGAGCUGCUGCGCGACCCGGACUGGAGCGAGGAGGACGUGCGCAAGCUGGCCGGCAUGAACGUGGUGCGCGUGCUGCAGCACGUGGAGCGCGUGCGCGACCAGUGGCGGCGCGCCGCCGUGCUGCCCGGCGAGGAGUCGGCCGGCGCGCGCCGCGGCGACUGCGUGUACGGGCCCGCGUGA